AUGCGUAUUUGGUGGGCCACAUUCUGUCCGUGUAGACCAGAUGUGCUCUUCCUUAUAUAUGACAUAAGCUGGUACAUAACAACAGAAGCUGAACCACAGAGCAUGACUGAAAUGGAGCUUUUGGUACGGAAACCCCUCAUGGAAAGAAAAAGGAGAGCUCGAAUAAAUCACAGUCUCAAUGAACUUAAGAAACUGAUCAUGAAUUCUGAAAAUGAGAAAUUAAAGGCUACUAAGCUUGAGAAGGCAGAUAUUUUGGAGAUGACAGUGAAACACCUACAGGAACUUCAUGGAAAACAUUCACAGUUGAACAGGUCAAGUGCUCCAGAAGAAUAUACAGAAAUAUAUGAGAAAAAUCCAGUGCUCAGAUCUGAAAGGACUGUGACCCCUGUUUUGCAUGUUCUGCAUAUCACAGGCACAAAUAAUACACAUUUUUCUCAGUCCACACAUAAUACACAGAAAGUACAACAAAAUCCAUUGACUGGAUGUGAAGAUUUUGGUAGGGACAUUACUUCAGAAACAUGUGUGGAAACGAAAGACAGAUUCUAUAUUGGUUUCUGGGAAUGUGUAAAAGAAGUGAACAAAGCAAUUAACAAUGUACAACCUAGUUUAAAAAACAGAUUAUCAGAGCACCUGCAAAGGCACCUCCAAAAUCUGCAGAAGAAAAGUGAUUCACAGAAACUACAGAAAGAAAUGUGGAGGCCUUGUAUUUGGCCUGGUGCAGUGCCUUCAGUUCUGCUAUCUAUGACAAAGGAAACUCUACACACAAGCAGUCCGAAGAAAAGAGAGGAGGAGGAGGAGGAGGAGGAGGAGGAGGAGGAGGAGGAGGAGGAGACAUAG